AUGGUAAUAGGCGCAUACAUGCUCUUCCGCCUCGGGUGGGGUGUGUAUGCCUUCAACGAUGUGCCUGAGGAGUACUCAUCGCUGCAGGAGGAGAUUCUGGAAGCGAAGAACCAGUUGCGGGUGGCGAAGGUGGACGUUGAUUAG